GAUCGACUAUCAGAUAUCGUGACUGGGUAGUUUUUAUUAUUUAGACUAAUAAAGCGAUGAAAACAAACGCACGUACGAAAACCGCCCGACUAGCGCUACACGAAAACUUAUGGACUAUACCUCCGUAUAUAAGGGAAACCACUUCUUCCCUAGGUUCUGGUCACUAUAAUUCCAAAAGAAUUUAUGCUACAAUAAUCUUACCACAUACCUAGCAUGUCAGAUAUUUGUUCCUCCCAAGAUUCGCCCGCACUGCCAUCGCCGAAGGCGAGCACCGCUGUCAACCCCGAACAUGUGGAAACUGUGAAGAGGGAGAAAGUAAAGGGCAAGGCGGCAAACACUUCCCAGCAAGCAACGCCCGUGUGUUUGGACAAAAUGACCCCUACAAAGAGGGAGCUUUCCGUCUUUAUCUAUUCCUUCAUAUAGUUCAGGUGGAGUUUGAUCGAUUGAAUGAAGGACUACUAUAAUUAUAUAAAGGAAUGUAGAUGGAUUUUUGCAGAAUUUAGCGUUAUAUGCUCAGCUUAAAUUCGUAUACUCUCAAUAGCUGUUCUUUUAGAAAUGAAAUUGUAUAGGUGUUAUUUGGUGAUAUAGAAAAGCCUUCAAGAGUCAAAUAUUCGAGCCUACUUUUAAGUUACUUAAUUUUUGAUCACAAAUACA